AUGUCGUUUGUUGCCUUAAUUCUACUCUUAAGUUUUCUGGCCUCUGCAUCUCCAGUUGGCGUUAGGCCAGGCUUCAGAGAUGAGAUGAUCGAGGUACGGGAACAGACACGCGUUGGCUUCUUCAAAGGAGACGCCUUCUACUCUCCACCUUUUGCUCCCCCUCGCCGAGGGAGCCAGAAUAAGGCACACAAAGAAGAUGAAGAGUCCGCGUCCGUAUCCGAUAUGGCCUUCCCAGACUGGGCCACAUCUCACCUUCUAGCACGGCGUCUGCUUGCUGUCUCCUCCACGGCCGUUCUCUCCACCGGUUUCCCAAAAGGUUAUAAAGAUCAUACUCUAGAGGGAGUGCCAAUCGGUUUGCCUGACUACAUUGCUGACUGCUCUGCACACGAUAACAACGUCGCUUUGACAAAGAUUCUCGGACGAGGAAACCCUCUUUUACUUGCGCUGGAUAUUGGUACAACGUUUAAGAAUGUCAAGGCUGGCUCCAAUAUUUCUUUGUCAAUAGACUGGUGGCAUCACUCCCAUGUUCCUGGGAAAGGAAAAGAUCCUCUAGAUGGUGUCCCGGCUUCUCUUCCUCGUCUGUCUCUUCUCGGCCAUCUGGAAGAAAUCCCUCUUACCUCUCUAUCGGAUGAGGACCAACAGGCUAUUGAACAGUGUUUCCUAACUAGCCAUCCAGAUUCAAAGUACUGGCUUCCAGGGUCUCCUGAUUCACCGCACAGCGGGUACUGGGCACGAUUUAUUGUGGAGAAAGGAUUUUGGGUAGGCGGGUUUGGUGAUAGGGCGAGGAUUGGCUGGCUUGAUAUGGAUAUUUGGAAAGCUAUAAAGGAGAAUAGCAAUGAUGGAAAGAAAGGCUGGGCUGACAUCAGACUACCGGGCGAGGGAGAAGUAUAG